ACCGGCAGGGCAAAGCUCCCCGGGGCCGAGCGGCCGUCUCCUUCCACAGGUUUGUAAAUGUGUGGCCUUCCUGCUUGAAGGGUGUUUGCCUGAAGUUUUGGGGAAAGGGAGUAUGCAGCGGCACCUCACUGCAGAACACUUGUACAGGUUCCCGUUAAAGGACGCGAAGCGACUGAUCCAAUGGUUAAAAGCAGUUCAGAGGGAUAACUGGAUUCCCACCAAGUAUUCCUUUCUCUGCAGCGAGCACUUCACUAAAGACAGCUUUUCAAAACGGCUGGAAGACCAGCAUCGACUGCUCAAACCCACAGCUGUGCCAACCAUUUUCCAGCUUUCAGAGAAAAGGGGAGAUAGCAGGGAUUAUGUCAAGAGGAGGAGGAAAGUAGCAAGCCAGGCUCUGUACGGAGAUGGCAGACCACCAAAGGAAGGAAACUGUGAGGUAAUGGAGGGGAUCUUAUCUUCUGACCAAGACUCAAUAAUGGAUGGGACUCAAGAAAUGGAGCGAGUGACUCUUCAAGCUGAAAUUGGGUCACUCUCUGAGCAGGGAGAGAAUUUCCAGGUCCAGCUUGAAGGCUCCCUGAGAAGGAUGCUAGCAGAUAACCUAGUCACAAAAGUGGCCCAGAAUAAGCCAGAGAAGCCUUCUGUAGAGGAUUGUUCUGAAAUGGUGAUACAUCCUGGGAAUUUGAAAAUAGACCGAAGUGGUAUGUCAGAAGAUGAUUUCACACCUCCUGUGUCUGGGGCUUGCAAAUUUAUUGGCUCUCUUCACUCUUACAGCUUUUUCUCCAAGCACACCAGAGAAAAGUCAUCUUUUCCAAAGGAGCAACUUGAAAGGAAACGGUUAAGAAGAAAUGUUGAACCUAGCUGUAGUAAUAACACAGUGGAGCAGGAUGGAAGUUUAACAGAAACCUCCUCCACUUCCUCUCUUACUGUUGUUCCCCAAAAACCGUCCCAAAGCCUGUCUGCAUCCCCUGCAGAUCUGACUCCUAAGCCUGCAACAGAAGCUGUUGUAGGUCCAAAGGGAGACACCGAUGCCAAUCCCAUGUCAAUCAAUGAGGUCAUCAUGUCUGCUUCCGGAGCCUGCAAGCUCAUUGACUCCCUCCAUUCAUACUGCUUCUCCUCUAGGCACAGCAAAAGCCAAGUGUGCUGCUUAAGAGAGCAGGUGGAGAAGAAGAACGGGGAGCUGAAACUGUUGAGACAGAAGAUCAGCCGCUCUGACAGCCAAGUUAGGAAGCUGAAGGAAAAGCUAGAUGAACUGAAGAGGAUCAAUUUCCCAUUCCUGAGCAACCUGCUGUCUCAGGACGGUGAAACUUCACAGUUGAACCCAGUGAUUGAGCCUUUAUCCUGGAUGCUGGGUACCUGGCUGUCAGACCCACCAGGAGAUGGGACCUUCCCUACAAUGAAGCCUUUUCAGUACCUCGAAGAAGUUCAGAUCUCUCAUGUGGGACAGCCCAUGCUGAAUUUCUCAUUCAACGCCUUCCAUCCAGAUACCAGGAAGCCAAUGCAUCGAGAAUGUGGAUUCAUCCGCAUCAAACCAGACACUAACAAGGUGGCCUUCAUCAGUGCUCAGAAUACAGGUUUGGUAGAGGUGGAGGAAGGAGAGGUGAAUGGGCAGGAGCUUUCUAUAGCUUCCCAUUCUAUAGCCAGGAUCUCAUUUGCCAAGAAGCCCCAUGUAGAGCAAAUUACUAGAAAAUUCAGGCUCAAUUCCGAUGGGAAACUAGAACAGACUGUCUCCAUGGCAACCACUACACAGCCAAUGACUCAGCACCUCCACAUUACCUACAAGAAAGUGACACCUUGAAACAAAGACGAGUUGUUUUGCCACAGAAGCACGGAGGCCAAGGCAAACUGCUCACAGGGAAAGGAGGCAGCUUGGAAGCAGAACAGUGACUUUUCAUCUUUGUGACCCAGUUCUCUCACCUGGCAGCAGGGGAGGGACCACAAACGGCAGUUACUGAAGGGGUUUACUCUGAGGUUUCUGUAAUGGUAGUUUACAAAAAAAGUAAAGCCAAUAAAAAAACCUUUAUUUUUAAGGGUGUGGCUUUGAAUGAUAUCAUGGUAGAAAUUACUCUGUAUGUGACAUUUGUUAAAAGUUUCAUAAUUCAUCAUUAUGAAGUAUAGAGAAUGAUAGUUGACUUCAUUUUUGGAGUUUCCUUUGAGUGAUCUGAACAGUUUGCAUACAAGGCGGUCCAUAUGCAGGGAGUGGCCAUGGAUUUCUCUGAUCAGAUAGUUUAGAACUAGAACCUGUUUAAAACUGUAGGUGUGGGUCUUAUCCUGUUAGCUUCAUAUAAACAGUCCUUAGCUCCUUCAGUUAUAUUAAGUGUUCUGCAGUGUUUUCAGGAUCAGGCCCAUUGCUGUAGAAUCAAAUUUCUGUGGAAUAGGGGUUAUCAUCCAGUUUCUUCAUCCAUGGUUUUUGUGGUAACUUGCGUUUGUCAGAGGUAUGUGACAGAAGCAACAGUAGAGGGGAAAAAUGAAUUGUCUUGUACUGUAGUUUAAAUGUGGAACACUACCAAAUAUGCUGUCACAGGUGGGGAAGACCACUAGAACCUUCAAAUACUAAAUGACUGAUUUUGCACAGUAUUUUGACGUUCUUGAGAAGUCCCUCUUCUUGGCCAUUUCCCUACCUCCUCCAUACACGGACUUCCUCUUUUUCCCCUUGAAGCUAUUUUUGAGGAAAAUAGUCAUUCACCAUAUCCCACUAUUUCCUUCUGCUUGAAUAGUUCACAAUCCUGUUUUAAGGUC